CUUGCUCCACUCCCUCUCCCUUACUCCUACACAGCUCAGUCAUUCACUCACACUCGUGCCAGCUCUCCCUGGGCACCAUCUCCACCACCGGAGAUCCUCAUUGUGUCUGCGUUUUGCCAGGUGGACGCACUCCCCACAGUCACCAUUUCCACCCCGGAGAGUUCCACGCUGGCAGCGCAGCCCCUUCCCCGGCUGAGCAUCGGGCGGAAGACCCUGGUGGCAGCUGCUGUGGGGGUCAUGCUGGUCCUGGUUCUGGUGGUCCUCAUCCCUGUGCUGGUAAGCUCCGUUGGCACAGGUGGCGUAGAUGACAGUGCGAGCCACUUCGAGAUGCUGGGUACCUGCCGCAUGGUUUGUGACCCCUUCCCCACGACGGACACAGGUUUGAACGCAGGAACCGAUACAGCAACCGCUGGUCUACAGGUGGACAAUGAUGCGGAUCUGAGUGACCACAUCAUCGGCCCACCGCUGCCUACUUACAGUGCUCAUGGCCCACAAGGCAAACCAGGACGUCCAGGUAAGUCUGGACCCCCAGGACCACCUGGAGAGCCAGGCCCACCAGGACCCAAGGGUCCACCGGGAGAUGGUGUGGACAUUAUGCGUACUGGGAUUCUGGGAUUAGGGGAUAAAGGGGCAGUUAGCACAACCACAUACAACACCACGCCUCGGGUGGCGUUUUAUGCAGGACUACGAAACCCUCAAGAAGGUUACGAUAUUCUACGAUUUGAUGACGUGGUGACAAAUAUCGGUGGUAACUAUGAGGGCGCAACCGGCAAGUUCACCUCUAAGAUUCCUGGCACCUACUUUUUCAUCUACAAUGUGCUGAUGAGGGGAGGAGAUGGCACCAGCAUGUGGGCUGACCUGAUCAAGAAUGGUCUGGUCAGGGCCAGCUCCAUUGCUCAAGACCAGGACCAGAGUUAUGACUACGCCAGCAACAGUGUCAUCCUUCAUUUGGAUGCAGGCGAUGAGGUUUUCAUAAAAUUGGAUGGGGGCAAGGCCCACGGGGGCAACAGCAACAAAUAUAGCACCUUCUCAGGGUUCAUCCUCUAUGCUGACUGAAGACUGGACUCCGAGGUGAAAGGUCACAGCCGGAAGACGUUCACCACCUGACUUUCACUUGGCUCUCGCAGUGAGGUUAAUGUUGCCCAUAGCCACUGAUCCACAGUCAGAUUGUUUUACAGAUGUUUGAGGUCAGCAUUGAUACAGUGACAGCUGCUGUGGAUCUGUGGGUAUCUGUAACUGUCUACCUCCUCAUCCACAUGUCCCAUUGCAUACAGGGUGCCUGUGCCGCUAUUCUGAUGGACGCAAGCAACGAAACGGUGACAGUCACGUCAUGUGUCAUGCUGAGGUGCAGUAACAAUUCUGACAGUGAAGAAGCCUCACAAUCAUUUUUGAGCCGUCAUUUCAAUUUCAAGUCUGGAUAUCCAACAGUCGUGGCGGCUGCAGUGUUUGUAAACGUGCAGUUUAGAUUUGUGUUAAAAUUAUGUUUUCUUAUGCUGUUUGUGCGUUAAGAUGUUUAAUGUCUAAUUUGUCAAAAAAUUGGACACCAAAAUGAGAGUAUGAUUGUUUUUCAAUGGCAGGCAAACUGUAUUGUGUCUCAGUGUGAUGAUUCUGAAAAUCGUGUCAUAUCGGCCCAUUAUAUUUGACAUAUUGUUGGUAUAUAAACUGUAAAUUUGAUAUUGAAGCUUGAUGUCUGAACACAAUCAAAGUAGUGUAGCUACACCAUAUUGCGUGUCUGUUUAAAAAAAUAUAGCUGUUGAUUAAUACUUGUACAAUUAUAUCACGUAAUGUGCUCGAUUGUAAAGAUUUAUUUAUUUAAUUUAUGCAUGCAACACCUGUUAAAAUGUUCUGUAUGUUUCCACAACUGAUAAAGAGAAAUACGGUGAUUUUAAACAAAGUUUAAAAAGGUGUGGGAUUAAGGAACGUAUAUUGCGAUUGUGUUUACUUUUAAUGUCCAUGAUUUUUUUCAUU